AUGCCCAAGACAUUCCGGUUGCGAGAGCAACUGAGCAGCAACUAUGAUACGCUGCUCGGUGACCUGAAGGCGCAGGACGAGGGUGUCCUGCACAGGAAGUAUGUGGGAGAGGACGAUGGAGACUCGGAGGACGAGGACGACCUCUAUGACGACUUCAAAGCGCCGGUGCAGCUGCCACAGCGGGAACCGCUGGAUCUCAAGUGCAGGCCGGCGGAAAAAAAGAAAUCAGCAUCGGCACCAGGCGAACUGCGCCCGGUUGUGUCCGCCUCGUCGGCGUUCGACUGGGCCGAGGCGCUCGACUGGACGCGACCCGGCGCCGUGCUGCAGUGGCGCCAACAGACGGAGGGCGUCGAGGCCGUCAGCCGCCGCCUGCAGGACGCCCGGGUCGACGACGAGGCCGACGAGCCGGUCACCGACGAGGACGAGUCGCGCUGCGAGUCGGCGGCGGCGCGGCACGACGACCCUAUCGACCUCUCGUUCGGCGCCCACCCGCUCAGCUGCUUCCCGUCGCUGGCGGCGCCGGCGCGCGCGCGGCUCUCGACGCCGCUCGGCUCGGGCGCCAACCCGUUGUCGCCGACACCAGGCUCGCCGUACCGCGCUGGCGGAGGCACCGGCGGCGGUGGCCGCGGACCAGGCGGGCAGCCCGGCGGCGCCGGCUUCGGGCCGCCCGGCUUCGGCGGCCUCUUCGGGCCCGGCGCCAACGGCUUCGGCUUCGGCCUGAUGGGCUGCAAGGCGCCGCACCCGGGAGGCGGCGGCGAGCGCGGCCGCUACUCGCCACGCCACUUUCCGCCGCAGCAGCAAGUCGGUGUGGACAACUUCCUGGGGAGCUACAUCGACCAGCAGGUGGAGGGCUGCAAGCCGCCGCCGCAGCCGCCGCCAGCGCAGCCAUGGCCGGCGCACGCGGCCGGCGGCGCCGGCGCGCGGCUCGCACCCAUGCCUUACGCCUUCAACGCCGACCCGCUCGGCUUCUGCGACCCGUACGAGAUUGAGGCCGAGCUGUUCGGUGAUUCGAAACCGGCAGUGUCGGCGGCCCCACUGGCGGACGGCAGCCACGACCUGUUCGGGCUGGAGCAGCUGCUUCAGCCGACCGGCACGGCUGCCGAGCUGUCACACCAGACGGUGGUCGAGGCGCUAGGCGACUCGGCUUCGCUCCCGGCUCUCUCCGAGCCGGUCGUCUCCUCAUGCCUGGCCGACGCGCUCUACGAUGGCAAGUUCGUGGUGACGGGUCUGCACUCGGGACUGCCGCCGCCGCCGCCGCCGGCCGCGCAGCCGGCACAGCAGCCCGAGUCGUCGACGGGGCCAGCGUGCCGCUCGCCCGGGCCGAUCCGCGCCGGCCGCAGCUCACCCCGCUCGCCGCGCUCCGUCGGCGGCGACGCCGGCGCCGACGGCUCGGUCAGUCUGGACGUGCGCGUCGGUCAGCUCCACCAGCGGCUUGGUCUCCCCGAGACGCACGCCUUCGAGUUCGUGAACGGCGGCCACGGCAUAAAGAACCCGCACGCCAGCGAGCGUGCCCUCGAAGUGGAAAAACUGCCGCCCAUCAUCUGCGAGGAGGACCCCAAGACGUACAUGUGCCGGCUCUGCUCCAAGAAGUUCAACCUGCUGCGACUGCUGAACCGGCACAUGAAGUGCCACUCGGACGUCAAGCGCUACCUCUGCACCUUCUGCUGCAAGGGCUUCAACGACACGUUCGACCUGAAGCGACACACGCGCACCCACACGGGCGUCCGGCCCUACCGCUGCAUGCUCUGCGAGAAGUCGUUCACGCAGCGCUGCUCUCUGGAGUCGCACUGCCUGAAGGUGCACGGCGUGCAACACCAGUACAACUACAAGGAGCGGCGCAACAAGAUGUACGUGUGCGAGGAGUGCGGCACCACAUCCAUCGAGCCCGAGGCGCACUACUUCCACCUGAAGGAGCGACACCCCAACAGCCCGGCGCUGCUCAAGUUCUACGACAAGCGCCACUUCAAGUUCAACUCGAACUUCAACUCUAUGAUGCUGCAGUCGCGGUCGUAACUGCGGCACGGCCGCUAGAGGCGCUGGCGUCG